CGGGUGGAUGCUCUGAUUCCCCCUCCAGCGGAUUCUCCCGCCUCCCUUAGCUCGGGGAAAGCGCCGUCCGAGCUGCCACCCGCCCACCUAAGACACCCACCCCGCCGAUCUGAAAGCCCGAGAGCGAGAAGGCGCCAUGGCCGAGAGGAGACCCGCGGGGGGCAACAAGCCCAGCGAGCAGGACGAGGGGGAAGAAGUCCCAGCCUUCUUCAAAAACCUGGGCUCCGGCAGCCCGAAGCCCCGGCAGAAAUUCUGCGGCAUGUUCUGCCCGGUGGAAGGCUCCCUGGAGAACAAGACCAUCGACUUCGACUCCCUCUCGGUGGGACGCGGCUCCUCCCCGGGCAGGAUCGUGGCCAAGCAGAAGGACGUGGCCCACCUGGGCGCCGAGGCGCAGUCCCUCUACACCUGGCAGAGCCGGAAGGGAGGAGAACCACCUGUGGAGUUCGGCAGGAAGGUGGAGAUCCGCCGAGCCACCGGCAAGGAAGCCCUGCAGAACCUCAACGACAAGAGUGAUCGCCUCUUGAUCAAGGGCGGCAAAAUAGUUAACGAUGACCAGUCUUUCUAUGCAGACAUCUAUAUGGAAGAUGGCUUGAUAAAGCAAAUAGGAGAGAACCUGAUCGUGCCAGGGGGUGUGAAGACCAUUGAAGCUCAUGGGCGCAUGGUGAUCCCUGGAGGAAUUGAUGUCCACACUCGCUUCCAGAUGCCAGACCAAGGGAUGACCUCCGCUGAUGACUUCUUUCAAGGAACGAAAGCGUCCCUGGCUGGAGGCACCACAAUGAUCAUCGAUCAUGUUAUUCCUGAGCCAGGCACCAGUUUGCUGUCUGCGUUUGACCAGUGGCGAGAAUGGGCAGACAGCAAGUCCUGCUGUGAUUACUCUUUGCAUGUGGACAUCACCGAGUGGCAUAAAGGAGUGCAGGAAGAGAUGGAAGCCUUGGUGAAGGAUCACGGUGUGAAUUCCUUCCUGGUGUACAUGGCCUUCAAGGACCGCUUUCAGCUAACAGAUUCUCAGAUAUAUGAAGUCCUGAGUGUGAUCCGAGACAUUGGUGCCAUCGCUCAAGUCCAUGCCGAGAAUGGUGACAUCAUUGCUGAGGAGCAGCAGAGGAUCUUGGAGCUGGGAAUCACCGGUCCUGAGGGACAUGUUUUGAGCCGACCCGAAGAGGUUGAGGCUGAAGCAGUAAACCGGGUGAUAACCAUCGCUAACCAGACCAACUGCCCCUUAUAUGUCACCAAGGUGAUGAGCAAAAGCGCAGCAGAAGUCAUUGCGCAGGCCAGGAAAAAGGGCACUGUGGUGUAUGGCGAGCCGAUCACAGCAAGCUUGGGUACGGAUGGAUCGCACUACUGGAGUAAAAACUGGGCCAAAGCGGCUGCUUUUGUGACCUCGCCACCACUCAGUCCAGAUCCAACCACUCCGGACUUCCUCAAUUCUCUGCUGUCUUGUGGUGAUCUCCAGGUCACUGGCAGUGGCCACUGUACUUUCAACACGGCUCAGAAGGCUGUCGGCAAGGACAACUUUACUCUCAUUCCUGAAGGAACCAAUGGAACUGAGGAAAGGAUGUCCAUCAUCUGGGAUAAAGCUGUGGUAACUGGUAAGAUGGAUGAGAACCAGUUUGUAGCUGUCACCAGUACCAAUGCGGCCAAGAUCUUCAACCUCUAUCCACGGAAAGGUCGUAUUGCAGUGGGCUCUGAUGCUGAUCUGGUCAUCUGGGACCCAGACAGCGUCAAGACUAUCUCGGCUAAGACUCAUAACAUAUCUGUGGAGUACAAUAUCUUUGAGGGCAUGGAGUGCCGUGGGUCACCGCUGGUGGUCAUCAGCCAAGGGAAGAUAGUGCUGGAGGAUGGUAAUCUUCACGUAACUGAGGGCUCUGGACGAUACAUUGCUAGGAAACCGUUCCCUGACUUCGUUUACAAGCGCAUCAAGGCAAGGAGCAGGCUGGCCGAGCUGAGGGGUGUGCCUCGUGGCCUGUACGACGGCCCCGUCUGUGAAGUGUCGGUGACCCCCAAAACGGUCACACCAGCAUCUUCAGCCAAGACGUCUCCGGCGAAACAGCAGGCGCCACCUGUUAGGAACCUGCACCAGUCUGGAUUUAGCUUGUCUGGUACAUACCUAUGUGCACAAAUUGAUGAUAAUAUUCCUCGCCGUACCACGCAGCGCAUCGUGGCGCCACCCGGUGGCCGUGCCAAUAUUACCAGCUUGGGUUAAAGAAUAAGGAGGGGAACAUGGCCGCUUAGCGGCUCAUAGUAGAGGGUGGGACACUUGAAAACCCUUUUUUUGAUUCUUUUAGAGCCUGUGAUGGUUACUGCGGGCAACCUAUGGGUAAGGCCUAGUUGAGGCUACAGAUCCAUUUUCCCCACCCCCUUCGUCCCCUUGGUUGUCAACCCUCUUUCCCCACCAUCUUCACAGAACAUAACUCACUUUCACAUCUUUACACAUUUGGGAACCAGUUCCCUGUUUCCUGACGGCUUGGGAGAUGCGAGGAAGCCAAACACUAAAAUGUAGAACUUGGGCUUGUGUUACCAUUGGCAUGAUUUUAUUCUGUUUUGUUUUAAAGGAAGGAUAAAGUGAAUUUUUCCAGGGA